UAUAAAUAUUUGCUUUUAAAUAAAUAGGUAUUGAUCAUGAUAUGGUUUAAAAAAUAUCUUCCGAUAUUUCGCUAUACAUCACAUGUUCGAGAUUUUAAAACAUGUGUGCUAUUAAAUGCGAAACGGUGGGCUCCAGACGUUGACUUUAUGAAACAGUUUGAAGGAGUAGCGAUUUAUCCCACAGAAGAGAUUGAGAAAUAUUUUAAAGUUAUAUAUAGUUCAAUAGUCAGGCCUGUCGAGCGUAAAUUACAGAAUAUGUGGAUAAAUUUUGGACCGCAACAUCCAGCCGCUCAUGGUGUUCUUAGAUUAAUCCUAGAAUUAGACGGCGAAACAGUCGUUCGAGCAGACCCUCAUAUAGGAUAUUUACAUAGAGCAACAGAAAAAUUAAUGGAACAUAAACAUUACACACAAAACCUGCCUUUUGUUGACCGUUUCGAUUAUGUGUCUACUUUAGCAAAUGAACAGGGAUUUGCAAUAGCUGUCGAGACUCUACUUAAUAUAGAAGUACCACCGAGAGCAAAGGCUAUAAGAGUAUUAUGCAGUGAACUUAGCCGCAUAGCCAAUCAUCUUUUAAAUAUUUCUGGAACGAUCCUUGAUGCAGGUGGAAUAACACCAUUUUUCUGGAUGUGUGAAGAACGAGAAAAAAUUUAUGAACUCCAUGAACGUCUAUGUGGUGCCCGAGUUCACUGCGCAUAUGUUAGACCUGGCGGUGUAUCACAAGAUAUUCCUAUAGGAUUUCUUGACGAUGUUCAUGAAUUUUGUAUGAAAUUAGGGGAAAGGUGUGACGAAACAGAAGAUAUAGCAACAGAAAAUAGGUUAUAUUAUGCAAGAACUGCAGGAAUCGGUGCUGUGAAAGCACACGAAGCAAUAUAUCACGGUUUUUCUGGACCAAUGCUGAGAUGUACGGGUGUUAAAUGGGACUUACGAAUUGCACUCCCGUACGAUGGCUAUGACUUGUACGAUUUUGAUGUUCCAGUUGGAACAAUGGGUGAUAGCUACGAUCGCCAUCUUCUUAGACUAAUCGAGCUACGUCAAUCAUUAAGAAUAAUAAAUCAAGUUAUUGACACAAUGCCUGCAGGCGAAAUAAGGACCGAUGAUUCAAAAAUAUCUUUACCGCUGCGUGCUGAAAUGAAAACCUCGAUGGAGGCGCUUAUUCAUCAUUUCAAAUUGUGCACAGAAGGUUAUAUAGUACCACCAGGAGCAACAUACACUGCUGUUGAAUGUCCUAAAGGAGAAUUAGGGUUUUAUAUGGUGGCUGACGGCACGUCGAAGCCUUAUCGUGUUGGUAUAAGAUCUUGCUCUUAUAAUCAUUUGGCAGGUUUAUCUUUUAUGGGCAAAGGAUUAAUGCUAGCUGAUAUAUCUAUUUUAAUUGCAACUAUAGAUAUUGUAUUUGGUGAUAUAGAUAGAUAA